UCGCCGUCUGCGGUCAGUAGCACACCAAAUCCCGACGAGUCCGGAGCCCGGAUUUUCGCGAGCGCCUUAUUUCUGUGCUUUCGAUAGUGACUGUGACUGUGGCAUGAGGGGUGCCGGGUGGUGCCUGCUCUUGGUGGGUGUGGCGGCGUGCGCGGGGUUGUCGUCGCGGCUCCCGAGGACCAGCGCGGGGCAGCUCGCGGCGGCGGCGGCGGCGCAAAAUAAAACGUCGGCGCAGCUGCGGGGACGGCCGGCGACGAUUGGCCCGCCGCCGGGCAGAGGGGCGAGCAGCAGAGUGAGGGAACAGUACCUUUUCAACGUAUUCGAAGCCAUCAUCUCCACGCUCGACUCCAAACUACAAAGGAUAGAAAACUUAGACAAAGCAGUUGAACAUUUAAUGCGAAGAGUCGAAGGUUUAGAUAACCGAGUGAACAAUAACAUCGACAAAACUGAAUCUGUAAUCGCAAAACUUGCUCUUCUUGAUUCCAAACUCUUCAAUUUCGAUCCGAAAAAAGUAGACAUCGGUCAAGGUGACAACGCAAACUUAGGUCGAAGAUUAGUGUCGCUAGACCAAAAAGUCAGCGACAUUGACAAUAAGCUCAACGUCUUGAAAAAUCAGCUCGACAAUAAUUUCCUUCAAGGUGAAGACAUAAAUGCCGAAGCUAGCGAAAAGAAACCAGUUAGCAUGAACGUCGUCGAGAUCACUAAAGCGCUUAAUACUGAAGUAAUCAGUCACGUAAGUAAAGAACUGGGACAAUUAAGAGAAGCUACACAGCACGUUGAUGAGAAACUCCAGUACCAUAUCAACUUGGUGUCUGAAAAUUUUGGAAAAAUGUUGACGAUGAUAACUGAUGUUCACCAUGCUAUUGUCGACGAUAUGACGUUCAGCUAUUACAAUAAAACCACGACGCCUAUUCCAGAAGUGGUCAAAAACAACAAAAUCGAUGCUUUGGUUCAGCAAAUGCGACCCAUCAUUUCCGUUUCUGAGAAAAUGGAUGAAGUUUGGGACGUGGUAGUCGGUACAAAAUCUUCAGUUGACGAUUUAGUCCCAAAAUCUGACGAACUGUUGACGCAAACCCAACGACAAGAGCGCGCGAUUGGUGAAAUUCAUAGCGACCUUAGGACGAAAACGAACAAGAUAAUCGCCAAUUUAGAUAAAGUGGAGAAGAGAUUGAAAAAACAGGAAGACGACGUAGCUACGUUAGCUCAGAGACCCGUUCCUGCAGAACUCCUUCUGGAUCCCACGAUUGACAGAUUGGUGGAAUAUGACCCUAGUAGAUACGUCGAAGAAUACGCAACUGAUACCACUCUUCCUGUGACUUUUACGACGUUACCACCACCGACAUCCAUUACUCAAACUUCGUCAACUCUGAAUCUAAGUAGCACGACUCCUAUGACACCCGCAACGCAACAAACGACGGAAAAACGAGCAGAGAAGAGAAAGAGUGGUCUUAUCUUCCCGAGUGUGAAGAACAAGCCAUCGCCUGCUAACACGACGUUUGCUUCGGAGCUUUUAGCCAACGUGAAAGAUGUAAAGGGUUAUUCUUGCGUGGACUUGCUCAACGCAGGCAUGCGUGACUCCGGAGUGUACUACUUGCAAAUCCGUGGAACGACCUACUGGUUCUUGAAGGUGUUCUGCGAACAAGAAGUCGCUGAUGGCGGAUGGACGGUGAUCCAGCGUCGAGACGACUUCGGCGAUCCCCGGGAAAACUUCAAUCGCGACUGGAACGACUACAAGAACGGUUUCGGAGACCCCGCCAAGGAGUUCUGGCUCGGCAACGAAAACAUCUACAUGCUGACCAACAACGAAGAAUACAUCCUCCGUGUGGAACUGGAGGAUUUCGAAGGGAACAAAAGGUACGCUCAAUAUUCACACUUUAAAAUAUUCUCCGAGGCCGAAUACUAUAAACUGGAAAUCGAUGGUUAUGAAGGCAACGCUGGCGACUCUUUGAACGACCCGUGGUACGGAAGCAACAACAGUCCAUUCUCAACAUAUAACAGAGACAAUGACAGAUCGAGUCUCAACUGCGCCUCCAUGCUGAAGGGUGGCUGGUGGUGGAAAUCCUGCGGCCGAGGCCUCAACGGCCUGUACCUCAACGACCCACAAGACCUUACAGCCCGACAAGGCAUAGUCUGGUUCAGAUGGAGAGGAUGGGACUACACGCUGAAGAAGGCCAUGAUGAUGAUCAAGCCCAAGCCGGCCGUUACGACCACAUGAUCAUCUAGGGGAGAAAGAGCGAAUUAGCCAAUUUAUAAUCAUCGGUCCAGUGAAUCAUUUCCGAAAUUUCAUCGAUCAUAAUCAAUAUUUAUUUCGACACAUCCGACACUUUACCUAUUUAAAAUUACCUCAUAGUAUAGUUUUAUACAGCUUUUACGUAAAUGCAGUGCAAUUUGUGUUAUUAUUAAUGCACGAAUUCCACUGUGUGCACUCUACAUUUGUAAUAGUAGGAAUACAAUUAUAGGAUAGGAUUUGUACAUUUGUCACGCCAUUCACAUCCCGUCAAGUAGCGAAUAAGAUGAGGUGUUUCAUGUAUUAUAGCGUAGUCAGACUAAUACUACACAAAAGGAUGCACACAAUUUCCUGCACUUGUUUUGCAUAAACUAACCAUUUUACUAACGUGGAAGAGACGACAUUUUUCGGUUGUAUCAAAUUUCCGCUGAUUAUAAAUUGGGUUGUAAUAUUCCAAAAAGAACAACGAAACACACAUUAUUAUGUAAACGAGGAAAUUUAAGACUGUGUCACUUAUCGGAAUUAUUUUUUUCUCCUCGAAAAAAUUCUACCGAUAGGUUUGUAUUAAUGUAAGGUAUUUUGUUAUGAGGCUAAUGGGACAUCAAAUGCAAUGUUCGUAUUAGACAGGUUUAAAAAGAGAUCCUACGUUAGGUAACGUACCUUUUAGCGUUUUAUAUGGUUGUUGUAAAUAUUAUAAUACAUCAGAGUUGUAUAAAUUAAAUAUAUUUUAAUAUAAUAAAUUAUGUUAAGUAAUA